AGAGCUGCCCGCUCGCAGCUUCGAGCGAGCUCCCCCAGUUCCAAUUGCGUCGUCUCGCUUUCUCAGCUCUGCCAACCAACCUCUUCUCCUCUACCACUCAUUACCCACGCACGCGCCUCAUCAACAAUGGGCCUCGAAACCAUCGCAUACAUCCUCGGCGCGCUGACCGCCGGCGGCGGCAUAACGGGCUACGUGCGCACGCGCUCGGUGCCGUCCAUCGUCGCGGGCGUGACCGUCGGCACCCUCUACGGCCUCGGCGGGUACCGCCUCUCGAACCGCGAGCCCUACGGCGUCGAGCUCGCCCUGCUGGCCUCUGUCGUCCUGGCCGGCUCCUCCAUCCCCCGUGCUAUCAGGACCACCAAGCCUCUGCCUAUUGGCCUGAGCUUGCUGGCUUCGUAUGGCCUGUUUAACUUUGGUAUGGCGUGGCAGAACCGGGUUAGGUAGAUGAUAAAGGUGGUUGGAGAAGGAAAAAUGAAUUGAAGGAGAGAAGGAAUCGAAGGAAAAUUCAAUGUCGGUUGUGCGGAUGCGGACACGUAUCGUGAGCCCUGUUUGUUUGCUAACAAAUUGUGGUUAUGUGGCUUGUCUGCUACCUAUCGCUUCCUCCCAAUAAAUCUACCGCUAUUUUCAGAGCUAGGUUUA